AUAUGGAAUAAUAAUAAAGGGGUGGAACUGGAAGGGACCUUAGCAUUUAAUCCUACCCCUUCACUGAAUAGGAACACAAGGAAACUGCGCCUCAGUAGAGUUUGGAGAUUUGCCGGAGAUUCACCCAAGGUCACAGAACUACUUAAGGGCAGAACUGAACCCUAAGUAGGCAAGUUAUGGGGCAGAUGAGAGUUGGUAAAUCGAGUCCUUGAGGCAGGCAUUUCCUGUAGAGCUCAGGAAUUCUGGAGGUGGUUGAGAACAUUCCAAAAAGUGGAGAAUCUGAGCAGGAAGGUUUUUUUGGUAGAAAGGAGAGAUGGUAUAUAAUUCAUGUUUAUUACAGAUGAGGAAUGCAUCUUAUUUGCAAGCUAUUGUAAGUAGGAAACUCCAUUAGCCAUGGUAAGGGAAUGAACAGUGGUGUGGGCAAUCUGAGCCACCUGGAUUGGAUGUGGGGUAAAAUGUUUUGUCCCACUCUUACGUUUGGUUGUGGCUGUAUGCUAUUUUGAAAAUUCAAGCUUCAAGCCAAACCAUGAUUCCAAACAAUAGGAGUCCAACUCAAAGGAGGAAGGAAGUUUGAGGUUUUCUUUUUCCCUUUUCUACAUUGCCCCUUCAUUCUCUUAGCUCUUAGGAAGUGAUGGGAGUGGCCAGUUUCUUAAUCCUGGUGUGGAGAGUAGGUCCCUACUGAAUUAUCUUUCUUUUUCUCUGCUGGCCUUGUCUGCUGAAUCUUUUUUUGCCUUAGAUUGUUACAGAGUUUGUGGAAGGAGGUAAUUAAAUGUUUUCUUUGAAAGGCCUCUGUGGGGAUGAGCCAAGUGCAAGGAGAGUACUUUGCUCCAGUUACUGAACUGAAACCAUCCCCACAGUGGAGCAGCCUCCUCCAGUUUCUGCUGAGUUUCGAGCUGCCUGUUAAAUAAGUCAGUGGAGUUGCUGAGGACAAAGUAGCCCUAGGGGAAAAUCGGAUAAUUUCCUUCCUGGUGAGGACUUUAAUCUGUGGAGUUGAUGAAACUAUCGUUGAAGGAAUCUGAGUCUUGUGGGCAGGUGACCUCCCAGGGCUGUUGGAUGAGGUGGAGACCACGUAGAGGAGAUGAAGGCGCUUGCAGAGGAACUGUGUGGAGGGCUAAAGAGCUGGGAAGGCUGGUUGGGAAGCUUGGGGCCAAGGGCAGCAACCGCAGAAAAGGGUCUUGAGUGUCCAGCUAGAACAAGGCAGGGGAGACUCAUCACAGAGCGGGCAGGCCCUCUGGUCUUUAUGAGCCAGCAGCAUGGCUCAUAAUGGAGGCCCCCUCCCACUGCCAGUGGUCUCCUGCCUGUGGUGUUAUUCUGCUCUGAAUACCUGAAUUUGUCUUGACUUCUGUGUCCUUGGUGUGGGGCGGAGACUGGAAUUGGAAACAAAGCAUCUUAUGUCCUGCAAGGGGUAGCUGAGCUGUCCUGACAAGACUCAAGGACCCUCAUGCUACCAGCUGGGUCUGGUGGCCUCUAACCUCGGCCCAGAGGGAGUAAGAAGGCUAAGUAUCUUUUGCCAAGACUCACAUAGCACCAGGGAAGAUCUAGGUGCAGGGUCCACGUGCUGUGCACUCACUGCCUGUUCUUUAAUGACGAGCAGUUGUUAGGAGGUAGGUUGAUGGGCUAGGGCAGACAAAAGACCCCGGGAAGCCUCUGCUACAGUGGUCAUGCCCACAGAGCCACAGUGAGCAGCUUUGCACAUUGGCCGUGCUCCACUCAGUGGUCUGUCGGCACAGACACUAAAGACCCUGCUUUGGCUUGGAGCUACCUGCCUCUUCCCUCACCCCUUUACUGUGGCCCUUUACUCUAGGUGUGCAUCAUCUUGGAUUUCCUGUGCAACCACGUGGUGGAAUGUAAGUAGGAUUUCUGCAGCCUCAGAGCCUCCAGACCCUACCCCCUCUAACCUGGUUGGGACACUGUCAUCACACGUUCCGUAGAGAAGUGAAGUGACUUUCCUACAUCCCACAGCUGGUGACUGGCCCAGCUGGGGUUCAGUCUUAGGUCUUUGCCUCUAAGCUGGUACUCUGGGCCUCUUCCACCAGUGAGGUGGGGAGGGACGGACUUAGGCUGGCCCCUCACAAUGGUGUGCUCUCCUAGGAGCCAUGCGGGGCCAGCGGAGCCUGCUGCUGGGCCCCGCCCGCCUCUGCCUGCGCCUGCUUCUGCUCCUGGGCUACAGGCGCCGCCGCCCACCUCUGCUCCGGGGCCUGGUACAGCGCUGGCGCUAUGGCAAGGUCUGCCUGCGCUCCCUGCUCUUCAACUCCUUUGGUGGCAGUGACGCUGCUAUCGAUGCUGCCUUUGAGCCCAUCUACUGGCUGGUGGACAACAUGAUCCGCUGGUGUGGGGUGGUGUUUGUGGUGCUGGUGAUCGUGCUGACCAGUUCCAUUGUGGCCAUUGCCUACCUAUGUGUCCUGCCCCUCAUCCUCCGAACCUACUCAGUGCCCCGACUCUGCUGGCAUUUCUUCUAUAGUCACUGGAAUCUGAUCCUCAUCGUCUUCCAUUACUACCAGGCCAUCACCACUCCACCUGGAUACCCACCCCAGGGCCAGACUGAUAUCGCAACAGUCUCCAUCUGUAAGAAGUGCAUUUACCCCAAGCCAGCUCGAACACACCACUGCAGCAUCUGUAACAGGUGUGUGCUGAAGAUGGAUCAUCACUGCCCCUGGCUAAACAACUGUGUGGGCCACUAUAACCAUCGGUACUUCUUCUCUUUCUGCUUUUUCAUGACUCUGGGCUGUGUCUACUGCAGCUACGGAAGUUGGGACCUUUUCCGGGAGGCUUAUGCUGCCAUCGAGAAAAUGAAACAGCUCGACAAGAACAAACUGCAGACGGUUACCAACCAGACUUAUCACCAGACCCCACCACCCACCUUCUCCUUCCGAGAAAGGGUAACGCACAAGAGUCUUGUCUACCUCUGGUUCCUGUGCAGUUCUGUGGCACUUGCCCUGGGUGCCCUAACUGUAUGGCACGCUGUUCUCAUCAGUCGAGGUGAAACUAGUAUCGAAAGGCUCACCAACAGGAAGGAGAGCUGUCGGCUGCGGGCCAAGGGCAAAGUUUUUAGGAAUCAUUACAACUAUGGCUGCUUGGACAACUGGAAAGUAUUCCUGGGUGUGGACACAGGAAGGCACUGGCUUACUCGGGUGCUGUUACCUUCCAGUCACCUGCCCCAUGGGAACGGAAUGAGCUGGGACCCCCCUCCCUGGGUGACCGCUCACUCAACCUCUGUGAUGGCAGUGUGAGCUGGAUUAUGUCAGCCACAACGUGAGCAUCACUCUGCUUCCUGUGUUGUCUCAACGGCCUCCAAGGGUAGCUUCUUGGAAUCCUUGAGCAUAAAGAACCAGUGGGCCUGCCUUAGGGUACCAUGCAGGGACAGCUCAAGGACCCAUCUCCUGGCCACUGCAGAAGCAAGGCACCAUGUGGGAAAAUCCUAGGACUGAUGUCCCUUUACUCAGGCAUACAGACGCUCCAGCCCCAGCCUGGAGAUUAGGCAGCUAGCAACCUUGCCAGGUGCUGACCCCCACCCUCCUCCAGGUCACAGCACUGGGGUUGGCCACCACCUCUUCCACUUGCUG